AUGCGCUCGCUCGGGGAACGCCCAUCGUCUUCACAAACGCCGCGUGGUUCUGGAAGCAACCCGAGGAGAUCCUUAGAUACACUCUCCGAAACGACUCACGGCCAGCAUGCGGAACAUGCGACGCAGACAACGCCUUGCUCUGCUGACGCCAUUCCUCGGGCCAUGGACAUGCCGUUCGUUGGUAGACCGAUAUCUGCUACUGAAUCCAAAGUCUGCCCACCGCAAAUAUCACGAUAUUUCUUCGUCGAAUUAGAUCGCAAGCACACAGACAUUAUCUUGAUUGUGUGCAGCUUCGUCGGCGGCUUGGUUGACGGUCUAUCCUUCAAUGCAUGGGGGAGCUUCUCUAGUAUGCAGACUGGAAACACCGUUUUCAUUGCCCUAGGCGUCUCUGGUCAACCUGAGUACCCAGCAUACCUCUGGGCAAAGUCUCUCAUCGCAUUGACAAUUUUCCUGCUCGGAAACAUCUUCUUUAUCCACCUCUCACGGGCCCUUAUACCACUCCGACGCUCAACGCUCGUCCUCUCCUUUGGCAUCCAAACAGCCGCCCUUGUCAUUGCUGCCUCCGUAGUGCAGGCCGGCCUCGUCAGCCCCAGACCUGAAGACCCACGUGCCCCUAUCCAGUGGAUCCAGAUUGUGCCCAUCAGCCUGCUAGCAUUCCAGGCCGCCGGUCAGAUUUGCGCCUCUCGCCUACUAGCCUUCGAGGAGAUUCCCACCGUCGUACUUACCACACUUCUCUGUGACUUGCUCGUUGAUACAAAGCUAUAUGUUAGACCGUGGUCUGCAAAUCCUAAACGCAAUAGGAGAAUCGCUGCAUUUCUAGCACUGUUUCUGGGUGCUAUGACGGCGGGCGGUCUCUCGCGAACAACAUCUAUUGCUAGUAGUCUUUGGUUGGCCGUGGGUUUGAAAGGUUCUAUCACGUUUUCGUGGUUGGUGUGGAGGAAAAACUGUCACACAUUGAGGCCGAAACAGGUCUUGGACGAGAACCCGGUCUAA